AAUUUAAUUUUGAUACGAGAAAACAGUUGAAUAGUGUUUUUUUUUAUAACCUAGGAAAUUAGGUCAUUCUGAUUUUCUUGAUGGUGUAUUAUGGAAAUGUUGUAUUUGCGAUAUAGGACAAGAUUUUGAAUUGAUAAUUUUAUUUUGAAAAUUUAUAAUGUGCGACUGCGCCGGACAAGAUGAAAAAGAUGCCGUGGAAGCUGUGACGUUAUUUGAAAAAUGUCCGGGCAGUGUUAACGAUAGGGGGAAUUUAAUGGAAAAUUGGAAAACUGCCAAAAUCGAUGACAGCGAUACUGAUCGUUUUUUGUGUUACGAUGAAAUCAAAAAAACCGAAAGUUCUGUAUGCUCCAGCGAUUCUACGAGAACGUACAAAUUUAUAAAUUCUUGGGAAUCACGAAAUUUUGUAAAUGACGAACAAGAGGAACCGGUAUAUCAACCUGUACCGUGUGGUCCCUGUUUAUCUGAGAGUGAUGAAGAAUUCGAGGAAGAACAAGAACCGGAUAUCGAGUACACUCUUGCCAUCAUUAAACCGGAAGCCGUGGAAUGCCGGAAGGAAAUCGAAAAUCGAAUUUUGGAAGAGGGUUUUCAAAUUCUUCAAACUCGAUGGCUGCUAUUGGCCCCUGAACAGGCAUCAGAAUUUUAUUCGGAUAAUUAUGGAGAGACUUAUUUUCCCCAUCUUGUGGCUUAUAUGGCUUCCGGUUCAAUAAUCGUUUUCGUUUUGGCGAAACAACAGGCCAUUCAGGAUUGGCGAAUGCUUAUGGGACCCACGAAGGUCACGGAAGCUCGUUUUUAUUUUCCUGAUAGCAUUCGAGCGAAAUUUGGAAGACGUGGUGAAGAUUUUAAAAAUGCUGUUCACGGCAGUGCUAAUCGAGAAAUGGCUGAGAGAGAAAUUCACUUUUUCUUUCCAGAUUUUGUCACUGAGCCAUUAAUGAGAGGCGAAGUCGCAGUCGAUUAUUUAUUGGAAGUCGUCAAUAAAGUCUUGAUGGAAGGACUCACUACGUGUUGCCAAACGAAACCACCAGAUCCAAUCUUAUGGCUGGCACAUUGGCUAAUUUUGAAUAAUCCAAACAAACCAAAACUUCCUGAGCAUUUGGCUAUUCCCCGCAUGUAAAGUAAUUUGAAUAAAAUAUUUUUAGAAAUAUAAAAAUUUAUUU